AUGGCCGCCACGCUCAAGAAGAUUUACAACUUCAUCGCGCCAGACGCGGAGAAGGAGUCAGAUGGCCGCGACAAGUGGCCUUCACGGACUGCCUUUGUCCUGGCAGCAAUGGGCGGUGCCGUCGGUCUUGGCAACCUCCUGCGAUAUCCCUCUGUCGUCUUUGCCAACAAUGGCCUCCAGUGGUUCAUUCCCUACUUCAUCGCCCUCAUCUUCCUCGGCAUCCCCACUCUGGUCCUCGAAAUCUCCAUCGGACAGGCCUACCGAGGUAGUGUGGUCGUUGCCUUUCACGGCAUCAACAAGCGCACCAAGGGUCUCGGACUGGCUGUCAUCAUGACGGGUUUCGUCGUGGCUACAUACUACGUUCCCAUCCUGGCCUGGGUCAUGCACUACUUCCGGGCUUCGUUCCACAGCCCUCUGCCGUGGAAGGGUCGGGGCUUGGAGUUUUAUAUGCAAGAUGUUAUUGCCAACAAGGACCCCAUCACCCCUGAAAACGGCGGCUAUGUCGAGUACCCGGGCACGGCCAUGAUUGGAGAGACUGCCGGCUGGUGCGCUUUUAUCUGGUUCACUGUCUGGCUCUGCAUGUUCAAGGGUGUUGGAACCACUGGCCGAGCCGUAUACUUCACCAUGGGUCUUCCCAUUAUCAUGUUGAUUAUUAUCCUUGGACGUGCCGUGUCUCUCCCCAACGCUCGCGACGGCAUCAAGUACUACUUCGGUGAGUGGAACGGCUGGCGGCUUGGAAAUGGCGACAUCUGGCAGGCGGCCUGUGGUCAAAUCUUCUUCUCCAUCGGAGUCGGCUUUGGUUAUUUCACGUCGUACGCGUCUUACAACACCAAGUACGCCAAUGCUGUGCAGGAUGCGCUCAUUAUUGGCUGCUGCAACUCUCUUUACGAGAUCACUGCCGGUUUCGCCGUCUUUGGUGUCAUUGGUUUCUUGGGAUACUCCCCUGAUGACCCCAGCAUCUCCCUCAGCACCUUCACCGUCGGUUUCCUGACAUACCCGCUCGGUCUUGCUGAGAUGCCCGGUUCAAACGUCUGGGCUGUCCUCUUCUUCCUGACCCUGGCCGUCCUGGGUCUGAGCUCUGCGUUCGCUCUGCUCGAGUCCUUGGUUACGCUCAUCUGCGAUUCGAACGUGGGCCGCAAGUAUUCUCGCAUCCCUAUCUGCACUACCGUUGUCGUUGUCUCGUUCCUCCUCUCGCUCAUUUACUGCACCGAGUUUGGCUUCUACUUGCUGGAUGCCGUCGAUACCUGGACUAACAACCUCUGCCUCAUCUUUGUCGUGUGGUGUGAGGCUGUGUGCGCCACGACGCUCUACCGCUACACAGAUGUGAUCGGACAGGUUGGUGUCGUGGGUUAUGCGUUGUACAGUGCUGGCUACAUCAUGUCCAUGGUCCUCGGAGUUGCUGUCGGUCAGGCUGUAGGACCUGAAGCUGGUGCAGGUGUGGGCUUUGGUAUCUUUAUUGUGACCAACAUCGUCGCUGUCUUCAUGUCCAAGACUCCUGACGCUGGAGCGCCGAGGUUCUGGGGACAUCACCCCAUGCUGACCAGGUUCUGGUGGCUGACAUUCUACUCGGGCAACCAACUCCGCCGUGACCUCAACGUUGUUAUCGCCACCGGCAAGAACUGGAGCAUCCCGUGGUUCUGGCCUGUUAUCCUUCGCUACAUCUCGGCUCCCAUCCUGUCCAUCAUUGUCUCAUUUGCCUACCCGGCCUUUGCCAAGAAGAGCAACGAUCCGCUCCACAUCUUUGCCUUUACCGCCGUCCACUGCGUCAUGCUUCUCAUCGCCUGCGGCUUCAUCGUGCCCCGCUGGUUCGACGUCUUUGUGCCUCCCGAGAAGAUGCACCUCAGCAAGACCUUUUACGCGCCCCUCGUGUCUGUGGCCCCCCUGGAGAUGAGGGAGGGCGAGGUCAUGGAGGAGAACCGCGAAGUGGAGGAGAACCGGGACUCGGGCGAGAAGGGAAAGGGAAUGCGCCAGGAUGCUGAUCUUCCGGAGCGUUAG